AUGGGCUCUCGGUUCCUCCUGGCUCUCUUCCUUGUUCUCCUGGUGUUGGGAUAUGAGGUCCAGGGGUCCCAGCAGCUCCAGCAAGAUGAUCCAGGCAGCCCAGCCCUGCUGGACAAGAUGCAGGAGUCCAUCUCCGGUUACUGGACCAUUGCUAAGGCGGCUGCUGAAGACCUGUACCAGAAAACAUACCUGACCAGUGUGGAUGAGAAACUCAGGGACAUGUACAGCAAAAGCUCGGCGGCCAUGAGCACUUACGCGGGCAUUUUUACGGACCAGCUCCUUACUCUCCUAAAGGGCGAGUAACGUCAUGCAACCCCCAUGUUAGGGGAUGGGAGAAGCGGGCACUUGACCUUGUUGCUCUCAUCACUUGACCAGGAUGGUCCUACAUUCCCCUGUCCC